AUGUCUGAUGACGAGGUUGACACCGAAUUGUUGGAACUGCUCCGCCAACAUCUUCAGGGGAAGAUCGAUAUCCAGGAGGAGCCUGAGACAGGCGUCCUCGAGAGCGCUGAAUACGUCUACGACAGUUGCAUUGAUGUUGCCGUCGACAUGCGUGCAUCUAAAAAGGCAGCGGAGAGCAUUUACGAGCAAAUGCAACAGAAGAGUUACUCAACUGCCACCUGGUCAGAGCAUGAACUUCACCCCAAGGCCAAGGACGAAACUACUGUCAACUUCAUUUUUACUAUGGACUUGCUGAAUUUUUCUUUCUGGUCUGAACUGCCUGAUGAUGAACGAUUUGCUAUUGAGUAUCGUGGGAAAAGAUGGACUGGUUAUUGGAGUUUGGUGGCAGCUCUCCAAAGAGCAAUUGAUGAAGGCAUUCCUAUUACAGAUCCUUUCUACUGGAAGAACGAAGAAGAGUGUACCCUGGAAUCCCUCACCCAUGUUUUCCGGUCAUGUACAGAGGAGGAAAUUCCCCUCCUUGAAGAACGUUUAGACUGCCUACGAGAAGCUGGCCAGGUACUCUUCAAGCACUACGAUGGCUCUGUUGCAGAGCUCAUUUACGCUGCUGACGGUUCUGCGGCACGCCUGGUGAACUUGCUGGCGCAGGAUUUUGAUUGCUUUCGUGAUGAGCAUCGUUUCGAGGAUGGCAAGAUGAUUCGGCUGAUGAAGAGAGCACAAAUCCUCGUUGCGGAUCUCUGGGCAUGCUUCAACGGCAUAUCAUACGGCGAAUUUCGAGACAUCGACAAGAUCACCAUGUUUGCAGAUUAUCGUAUCCCUCAAAUUUUGAUGACUGUGGGCGCCUUGUAUUGUUCUCCAACGGUUGCAGCUGCCAUCAAGGACAAGAAGAUGAUAGAGAGCGGAUGUUCAUGGGAGCUACAAAUACGAGCUUGCAGUAUCUGGUGUGUUGAGCUGAUUCGACGAGAGAUUAUGCGUCAACACCCUGACGCUCAUGUCAACGCCAUCCUAAUAGACUUUUUCCUCUAUGAUAGUAUGAAGGAACUAGAAGCGGCGGGUAAAGAGCCCAUUCCGCAUCAUCGGACAAGGAGUAUUUGGUACUAG